AAUAGAGGAAUUGCAUUGUUGUAAUUCAUUUAUUUGAAUUCCUAAUUAUUUAUUUUAAUUGUUCAAAAAAAAAUAUAUAUAUAACAUAAAAUGGUAAUCGACACCUUCCCCGUCAUCUGAAUAAUCGAGUUGUGAAUAGUUCAGAAAUUCCAGAAGAGGGCCGGACUCUCACCUUGACGUAAAACCCCGUGCCAACUGGAAUGUUCCCAGCAACCAAGUAAGGAAAGCUUCGCCCCUCCCAUGAUAAUCCAGUCACGUCGUCCGUACCAGCUGAUUUACAAGCCACAUCAAAAUUAUAUGGCCGAGCCCUUGCGUGUUUGAUCGAUACCGUUGCCCCUGGUUACAGACUGCUGACAUUGUGACGUCACAGAGUAUGGAUAUCGGUUAUGACGUGAAACGGGCUCCGUCCAAUAGGACUAAGAGGUUUGCGACCACUACCAGUUGAUUGGUUGGCGAGUGUGUGACAGACUUCGACUUACGUCACAGCCGGCUGCUGACGUCACGGAGAGCCACUUUUCCCCGGGAAUACGUUAACAAGAAGCUUGGGUCGAAAUAUAUACACAGACGCGGUGUAUUUUGAUGUAAUAGAAGCAGAGAGUGAAGUUGAGUGAGGACCGGAGACUUGUAGCGGAUGUAUAGUUUAUGUGUCAGCAAUCUUUCCGAUCUCCAGUGUUAUCAGACGGUACCAUCGGACACCAAGCUUAUACCGAAGUCUCCACAUUUACUGGUCGCAUCCACAGGUUGGUGUUAGCCACGUGCUAUCCAGGUCCACGGCAGAGCAAUACGUCAGUGAUGUGCUUUAUUUGUGAGGGUGUUCGGUAAUAAUACAGUAAAAAUUCGCAUGUCGUUAACGAAAUUUGGUGGUGCUUACUUUAACGACGGACUUUUUACUUGUCAACAAUUGGUUGAAAAAAAAUCGAGCUGUCCGGAAUUCCCCCGUCCACCACUUCUUCCGCUAGUGCGGGCUGCGAAUCAACAACAUCGUCUACAACUUCUGCACCACUUACAACUACAGACACCAAAGUGAGGGGAACUAUAGAAGAAGAAGAGGAAGAAGAAAAGUCCGAAACCGCCAUGCUUCUUUUACAGCCAACUGAGUCAUCGCUUUUCUCUCCUUCGACGAGUAUCAUAGGGCCGGAAUAUAGUUUAGCAUUGGGUGAAGAAACAUUUUCUGCUGAAGAAUUCAAAUUCCCAUCUUUGGACGUUGCCAUAUCUGCCGAAACGUUCUUAUCGACAGAGGGCAGCACAAGCUUUGCCGAAAUGUUCCAAUCACCCGAUUUUGGGACGACAACGGCACAAACCAGCACGGACACGGGAUCAACUAGCGCAGCGUGUACAACAACAACAACAAUAACGUCAACAACGCUGCCUAGUUUCCAAGAGAUAUAUUCACCGCGUUAUAGGAGAGACGUUACUCACACGGGUGUGUUUUCCUUCAAAUUCAAAGAGGUACGAUCCGAAGAGAGUGAACCCGUUAGCGGUGACACUUACCAGAUUAGUAUGGGUGCAUUCCCCCAAACGUCGACAUCGCCGUUUCCCCCUUUCAGCACCACGUCUGGUAGUGAAUUUUACAAAGUGGAAUGCCCGGAAUCGCCGGCUUAUAUAUCCGAAACGUCAUUUCUUACGUCGACGUUUCAAGAACAGAGCAGGAAGCCCUCCUAUCAAGAUAUAAGCUUCGGUCAACAGGUAACUUACCCACGUGCAACUUACUCUCAAGGUGAAAGCGGUAGUUUCAGUCUACCCGCUACCCCCUCCGUUACUACGCCGAUUGGAUCGUUUCCGGAAGUGACGUCACCGCUGUCGGCUCCUUCGACUUCUAGAGGAGGGAGGAGGCCAUCUUUGACCAUCACCGCUCCACUCUCGACAGAAUCAAGUGGACGUCUUCAAACUCCCACAACUCCAACUACGCCAUCUGCUACUUCUAGUUCUAGUCGAUCAUCACCUGGAGGAGAUUCCACACCAUCUCCGUCUCAGUUAUGUGCAGUGUGUGGGGAUAACGCUGCUUGUCAGCAUUACGGUGUACGCACAUGUGAAGGUUGUAAAGGUUUCUUUAAACGUACGGUUCAAAAAGGUGCAAAAUACGUGUGUCUGGGCAAUAAAGAUUGCCCCGUGGAUAAGCGCCGACGUAACCGUUGCCAAUUCUGUCGGUUUCAGAAAUGCCUUGCAGUUGGAAUGGUGAAAGAAGUUGUAAGAACUGAUAAUUUGAAAGGAAGAAGAGGAAGACUUCCUUCCAAACCAAAAUCACCACAAGAAUCCCCUCCUUCUCCACCUAUUAGUUUGAUAACUGCUUUAGUUCGAGCUCAUGUUGAUAAUACUCCUGACAUUGCCAAUUUGGAUUAUUCCCAAUAUAAGGAACCAGUACCUGGUAAAGAAUCCCCAACAACUGAAGCAGAAAAGGUUCAACAAUUUUAUAAUCUUCUGACUUCAUCCAUUGAUGUCAUACGAAUGUUUGCAGAAAAAAUUCCUGGCUUCCUUGAAUUAGAUAAAGAUGAUCAAGAACUUUUAUUUCAAUCUGCUAGUCUGGAAAUGUUUGCUUUACGUUUAGCUUACAGGAUCAAACCUGAUGAUGAAAACUUUAUUUUCUGCAAUGGUAUUGUACUUCACAGGGAACAGGGUCAACGAAGUUUUGGAGAAUGGAUGACAGCAAUUUUAGAUUUUUCACGUAGUUUACAUAAUAUGGAACUAGAUAUAUCUGCAUUUGCCUGCCUGUGUGCCUUGACAUUAGUGACAGAGCGGCAUGGCUUAAAAGAUCCUCAAAAAGUUGAACAACUACAGAUGAAAAUUAUUGGUUCUUUACGUGAUCAUGUGACUUACAACAGUGAAGCCCAAAAGAAACCAUAUUACUUCUCUCGCAUCUUAGCAAAAUUACCUGAGCUUCGUACACUAAGUAUGCAAGGUCUGCAACGCAUCUUCUAUGUGAAGCUCGAAGAUUUGUAUCCUGCUCCCCCACUCAUUGAAAAUAUGUUUGUAUCAAGUCUCCCAUUUUGAAAUCAAUAUUCAUAAACUAUUUAAAGUAGCUUGAAAGCUGCUAG